CAAGUUUAUUGGUUUGUACUUCGACUUCAUAAACAUCUCACCCUCAAAGCUUGGACCGAACAAUUUUAUGAUGAAGAUGUUGCAAGUAACAGUCUUCUUCUUCCUCUUGAUAUCCCAUGCAUUUUCCUUAUCCUUUAAUUUCUCUGGUUUCCUGUCCAAUGAUGACAUGAUAUCAUAUGAAAAAUCAGCUCGCCUUGACACUACGUCCGGAUACAUCGAAUUGGUAAGCUCCAGCGGUAAUGUUGGCCGAGCCACAUAUCAGAAACCGAUGCACCUGUGGGACAAAGCCACCGGGAAACUCACAGAUUUCUCCUCCAGAUUCGCAUUUGUGAUUGAUUCACAGAACAACACUAAUUUUGGAGAUGGCAUGGCUUUCUUCUUAGCUCCUAAUGGUUCAAAGCUUCCUAAUAUCCCAAAAGAAGCAGUAGGAGGUUCAAUGGGUUUGAUUAUUGGUGGCAAUGAAACGAUAUUUAAUUCAACAGAUCAUCCGUUUGUUGCUGUGGAGUUUGAUAUCUACCCUAAUGUAGACUGGGAUCCUAUGAAUGUACAUGUGGGUGUUGAUAUCAAUUCUAUUGAAUCUGUGAGUACUGUGAUAUGGGGGGACGUGUAUGAUAGUAUCAUGAGAGGGAGAACUAAUGAGGCUUUUAUUAGUUACAAUUCAAGUACACAUAAUUUAAGCAUCUCGUUCACUGGUCUUCUUUUUGACAACAGGAUAGUGCAACAUCAUCAAAUAGUGGACCUGAGAAAGUACCUACCUGAAUGGGUUACUUUCGGUUUCUCAGCUGCCACAGGAUUAUCAGUUGCAAUACACAAGAUCAAUACAUGGAGUUUCUACUCAGAGGAGUUCUCAGAUAUUGCUCCCACGCCAAGUCCGAACCAGAGCCCAACCCUAAGCCAUAGCCAGAGCCAAACAAGCAGAAAUGCUAUAGCAGUUACAACCGGAUUAGGGGUUGGAGGUUUUCUUUUAAUUUGUGUGGUGGUAUUGUUUGUCUUGUGGAAGAACAAAAAGAAAAUGGAAGAUGAUGAGUGUAACAGGGAUAUGAGUGAUGAUUUUAAAAGAGGAACAGGGCCCAAGAAGUACUCAUAUGCUGAAUUAGCAAGUGCUGCAAAUUAUUUCAAAGAUGAGCACAAGCUUGGACAGGGAGGAUUUGGAGGUGUCUUCAAAGGUUAUCUCAAAGAUUUAAACUCCUAUGUUGCCAUAAAGAGAAUAUCAGAGACUUCUAAACAAGGAAUGAAGGAGUUUGCUGCAGAAGUAAGAAUUAUCAGUCAUCUAAGGCAUAGAAACUUGGUGCAACUAAUCGGUUGGUGUCAUGAAAGGAAAGAACUAUUGCUAGUUUAUGAGUAUAUGCCAAAUGGAAGUUUAUCUUCUCAUCUCUUUGAAGACCAAAUGUUGCUGAGAUGGUCAGAUAGAUUUAAAAUAGCUCAAGGCUUGGCCCAUGCAUUAUUCUACCUUCACGAGGAAUGCGAACAAUGUGUAGUUCAUAGAGACAUCAAACCAAGUAACAUCAUGCUAGACUCAAACUUCAAUGCAAGGCUUGGUGAUUUUGGGUUAGCAAGACUGAUAGACCAUGCAAAAGGUGCACAAACUACAGCUUUAGCAGGAACUAUGGGCUAUAUGGCUCCAGAAUGUGUCACAACUGGGCGGGCUUGUAAAGAAUCUGAUGUCUACAGUUUUGGGGUUGUUUCCUUGGAGAUAGCUAGUGGAAGAAAAUCCAUCAAUCGCAAGGCUCCAGAAGAUGAAAUAAGCAUAGUGAAUUGGGCAUGGCAACUCUAUGGAAGUGGAAGAAUUCUUGAAGCGGUUGAUUCAAGGCUUGAAGGUGAUUUUAACCAGGAUCAAAUCAAAUGCCUCAUGAUUGUUGGACUGUGGUGUGCUCAUCCUGAUCAUAAUAGUAGGCCCUCAAUAAGGCAAGUAAUUCAUGUACUCAACUUUGAAGCUCCAUUUCCUAGUCUUCCUUCAAGUUAUCCCAUGCCAACAUAUAUUGAAUACCCGGUGUGGUCAUCAUUUUCAAAUCUAUCCAGCACCACUACUUCAGAAGUAGUCAAAACCAUAACAUAACCCUUAGU